CCAUGAUGCAAAGCGCGUCCAACGGCUCAGUAGCGGUAGCGAAGUAUUGCUGCUCAGCUCUGCCAUUGGGGUGGUCACUGGUGGUCCCAGGCCAGCGAGACUUCGAAACCAGGCCCACGAACCGGACUGAGCCCACCCGUGGUGUGCACAUAUUACCUUAACCGCAGCACAGCAUCCCGGUGAUUGCAGAUCAUUUCGCACCCUACACUGCGUUCCGCCGAGCGGAACAGCGGUGCUGCACGAGUCGAACCUACACUUCAUUUAGGCAGCUUCACGUUCAAUGGAUUUGGAUAUUAGUCGAACUGAACCGGGAAAUAUGAACGACGGGUUGCAGCUCCAGACACCCAGUCGGCAUGAGAAAAGCCUCGGACUUCUUACAACCAAAUUUGUCACUUUGCUGCAAGAGGCGAAGGAUGGAGUGCUCGACCUGAAAUUAGCAGCAGACACGCUCGCCGUGCGACAGAAGAGACGCAUCUAUGACAUCACAAACGUGCUGGAAGGCAUCGGGCUGAUCGAGAAGAAGUCCAAGAACAGCAUCCAGUGGAAGGGCGUGGGUCCAGGCUGCAACACCAGGGAGAUCGCUGAUAGGCUGAUUGACCUGAAGGCGGAGCUUGUGGAGCUGGAGCGGCAGGAGCUAGAGCUGGACCAGCAGAGAGUCUGGGUUCAGCAGAGCAUCAAGAACGUCACCGACGACAUCAACAACAGCCCUCUGGCAUAUGUGACACAUGAGGACAUCUGCAGUUGCUUCAAAGGUGACACUCUGCUGGCCAUCCGCGCGCCCUCAGGAACCCAGUUGGAGGUGCCCCUCCCCGAGUCUGCUGGCAAUGGGCAGAAGAAAUAUCAGAUGCACCUGAAGAGCAGCAGUGGGCCCGUCGAAGUCCUAUUGGUCAACAAGGACCCUCAUAGCUCCACCCCCGUGGUGCUCCCAGUCCCGCCCCCAGAGGACAUGAUCCUCCCAGUGCAGGCAAAACAGGCCACACCCACCACCAAGUCCACACCAGCCACACCCACACAGACCACGCCUGCGCUUACACAAACCCCUCCCACUAAACAGCUAACCCCGCCCAGCAGCAUAGACCCUGUGGCAUCAGAAUCAGUAGGGUUGUCCAGUAAUAGUUCCAGUGCCCUGAGCUUAACCCCGCCUCCAGACAACACAUCCGCCAAGGACGCCUCCUCAUUGGACACUCAGCCUCUUCAGUCCUCUGCCUCAUUGGACAGCAGCACCUCUAUCCCCGCCUCCAGUGCUGUUUUUGAACCAAUCAAAUCUGAUGCCUUGUAUGACUUCCCCAAGGAGAUGUCUGAAAUGUUUGACCCAACUAAAGAGAGUACUGAUCUACUGGAGGACCUCAUGGCAUCAGAGGUUUUCUCUCCACUGCUGAGGCUUUCUCCUCCUCCAGGUGACCAUGACUACAUCUACAAUCUAGAUGAAAGUGAAGGCUUGUGUGACCUCUUCGAUGUGCCCAUCUUUUAAUCGUUUCCCCAAACCCCCUCCCUCGUUCACGGGGCAUUUACGCGUCAUUUUCCUGCCCCCACCCCCCCCAUUUCCUGCCAAACAGAGUUGGCCGGGUCUAUUUUUGAAAGACUGUUGUAUAAGCUGAUUUCUUAAAUGUUGAUAUUUUUCAUAAACCUGUUUUAUUAUUUUUGUAAGAAAAACAAAACACGUUAAGAGGAUCCUAGAAGAUCAGUUCGGCCCUGUUUAUAAAAGUGGCUGUUAUGUCACAAGACUUUUUAUGACGUAACAAAGCAGUGGGCAUCUUUGCCCAGAUGUCACAGAACUCCACACCACGAAGAUCUUAUGGCCUCACUGGCCGCGUUUAUGACAUCAUAGAAGCAGCCGGUGAGUUGAUGGUCAUUGGCUGCUCAUGAUUCUGGGAGGAUUUCAUGCAGCAGCUGAUGGACAGAAAAUCUUGGAUAUUUAGGGGUUGAAACUCCGCAGACACACACACACACAAUCAUACACUUGCUUAGAUACAUAAUGACAGUUUGCGUGUCUGUGUACAUGGAGCAACAAUUGAUGAAAACAAACCAAUGAAGAUGUCAGAAAGGGCAAAUCACCAUUAUACUCUAAACGAGAUGUGUGUUUUUCUGUGUGUCUGUCUGUGUAUCUAAUCACAGUGAAAUAUUGCGUGCGUGUGUGUGUGCGUGCGCCUGUGUGCCUGCCUGCAUGUGUGUGUCUAUUUGCCUGUUCUGUAGAACAGAAGCUGUGUGUGUGUGUGUGUGUGUGUGUGUGUGUGUGUGUGUGUGUGUAUGUGCUUGCCUGUUCUGGACAACAGAAGCUGAGUAUAUGUUGUUGAGUAUGUGUGUAUGUGACAGACGUUACAAAUCUGUAACACACUGUCAUACAGUACUCUUCAAAACACACUGCAGUGCUCUAAAACUUAACCCAGCGUUAUGUGCACUCAGAUCACAGAAUACCCCUCUGUGCGUGUGUGUGUGUGUGUGUGUGUGCGUGUGCGUGUGUGUGUGUGU